AUGUCUCUCGGAAAGAAGGUCACCCUCAACACUGGUGCUCAGAUCCCUCAGCUGGGUUUCGGUACCUGGCAAUCUGCCCCCGGUCAAGUCGGUGAGGCUGUCUACCAUGCCCUGAAGGCUGGUUACCGUCACCUGGAUCUCGCGACUAUCUACCAAAACCAGCGCGAAGUCGCCCAGGGUAUCAAGAGAGCCUUCCAGGACAUCCCCGGCCUCAAGCGUGAGGACCUCUUCAUCACAUCCAAGCUAUGGAACAGCCAGCAUCACCCCGACGUGGUGGAGAAGGCUCUCGAUGACUGCCUUGCUGAGCUCGAACUCGACUUUCAAAUCAUACACACAACAGAGAUUGGGCUUCAUGUUGAUACUGGUUCCGCUGAGGGGGAGGAAGCAAUUGAGCCGGGCAUGAGGCAGCCUGACCUAAUAAUUGUCACACUGUGA